AAGUGUGAUGACCUCAUACCAGUUGGGAUGGAGAGCGGAAAGAUUCCCGACUCAAGUAUUACAGCCUCUUCUCAAUGGGACAGCCGCUUUUACCCAGGCAAUGGAAGAAUCAACAGCAGCUAUUGCUGGGGACCGAAACAGAGUAAAGUCGGCGAAUGGCUGCAAGUCGAUCUUGGCGAAGUUUGCACGAUAACAGGCAUUGCCACCCAAGGUCUCUCGAGGCAUCCCGCGUAUGUGAAAAGCUAUAAACUGCAAUACGGCAACACUCCUAUCAACUCUGCAUCUCCCUUUGCUGAAGCAGGCAAGAUCAUAAUCGCUGGAAUAAGUGGUGGCAAUGAUGUUGUAAAGCACACCUUCAUCACUUCGUUCGAUGCCAGAUAUGUUCGGGUCCUUCCUCAAAAAUGGUAUGGGGAAAUUCUCCUUAGGAUAGAGCUUUACGCUGGUUGCUGAAUAAUCGGAAAAUAAUUCUUCCAGUUUCCAACUCGUCGACUUCUUACUUUCUUUGAUCCCAAUGAUGUUUUUUCUUUUUCCUUCUUCUUCCUAGGGGGAAGGGGGCAGGGGUCAUAAUUAAU